AUGCAUGUGAUGGGCGAAAGCUCAGAAAUCCAGCGGCAGAGUUUCGCCGAAAACCCGCUUAAUGAUGUCAAUUUUACUGGUAGGCUUUUGCGGAAUUCAUCAGUUGGGCAAACUCGUUAUAACAACUUACGAAGGUCAGAUCUAACUGUUCUUGACAGCCAGUUGUCUGUUCCUCUCAAUCACUGGAAGAACGCGGCAGUUCAAGGAAAUAACAUUAAUUAUUUCACAUCCUACUAUGCUGUGCAGCCUGGUUUCACGGACAUUGGGGAUAGUGCUUUGGAAAGCAAGGCUGAACCACCUAGUUUAAUAAUUAACGGUGGAGGUGAGUUGGGUUACAUGGCGAAUGGUCCACAGAAUACUUCUUUGGGAUCAGGUGCCAACCACGGGAAUUGCAAUGGUCCGUCAGUUGUAUCUUCUCUCCAGUCUACUGAUAACAUUCAAAAUGAAGCUAAUGCGAUGUUUCAGGCGGUAUACUCCCAGAAUAACCAAGACGUGAUCAGCGAUUUUCUGAGUCGGCUAAAAGAAUGUAAAAACUCUCUUUCAAAGAACGACCAUGAGGUUUUGGUUCGUGUUGUCACGAAUCUGUUUGAUGAAUACCGUUUUUUCUCCGAAUAUCCAGAAAAGGAAUUACGAACAACUGCAGAGAUUUUUGGUGGUUUUAUCCGAGAGAAAAUACUAACCUGUGGUAACCAGUUUGCUCUUGCGAUUGCUAUAAUUCUGGAUUCACUACGAUCACCUCCUCAUUCGAAGCUUUGGAAUUUCGGGGUCACUUCAUUAACCGCAGCUCAUUCGGUUUUGCAGAGCAUACCAGAAGUCUGUGCGUUGCUUAUUAGUUUGAAAGGAUACCAGUAUUUCCCUAAGCCGUUGAAGGUUGUUAUUGAGGUGGGUGCGGGAUCUCGUAUACAGCGAACUGAUGGACAUCUUCAGGGCACGAACAUCUUUGCCUCAGCAAGUGCUGACGCUUUAAUGGACGCUACUGAGAUCACUGGGAAAAGUAUCAAGCAGCCGUCUGAAGUAGUUAUUGGCAAAGUUGCAUUCUUAUUUAACAAUCUAACUCAGAGCUGUCUUUCAGAAAAGGCUUUGGAUGUAAGGAAAUUAAUAACAGAGUUCGGUGACGACUUCUGCCAAUGGCUGGCACAAUAUAUAGUGAUCAAACGAGUGAGCGUCGAAAGUAACUUCCAACUGCUGUAUAAGGACCUCUUAGUUUUGGUUAAUGAGAAACGGUUGGACAGUUAUAUAUUGCGAGAGACAUUUCGUAAUAUAAAGGUCUUACUUCGUAGCGAAAGGAAGCAAUCGUCUUGCAGUUUUAGCGACAGACAGUUAUUAAAAAACUUGGGGUCGUGGCUGGGUAAAAUCACCAUUGCGAGGGAUCGCCCAAUAGUUACUUCGGAUUUGGAUUUAAAGUCAUUGUUAAUAGAAGCAAAUUUAAAAGGGGAAAACGAGCUGCUUCUCGUGAUACCGUUUGUUACAAAAAUUGUUACGGCCAGUGGUAGCAGUCAGAUUUUUCAUCCGAAUUGUGCAUGGAUUCGUUCUAUAUUAAGACUUUUAAAGGAGUCUCACGAUCGCGAAAUAAAGCUAAAUCUUAAGUUUGAAAUUGAGGUUUUGUUUAAACAAUUAAAAGUUGACAUUAACACGCAAGCCACAGAUGGUCUGUUGGAUGAU